GGCUAUCCACCUCGGAUUGACGUCCUUUAGGAGCCCAGUCGCUAGCCUUUGAACCCAAAGGCGCUGCGCAGCUUGCUUAAGCUCGAAUGCGGCCUCAAGCGCACUCAGCGGAGGCCACAGCAUACGAGCGUCCAAAGAACAUCAUCGACGUUGCAAAUUGCCUUGCAACAUUCAACAUUCUCGACGGGAAGCACGGAUAUUUCGUUCUUGAGAAGUGCGAGCGAAGCCUGGAGGAGUACGCGAACAAGAUCGUUCAUUAUGAGUGAGGUGUAUGUUACCGGGCGGAAGCUUGUCCUGAGUCUUCAAAUCGUCCACGACAAGAGCUUGGUCCACGGAUACAUCAAACCCAGCAACAUCCUGUUGCGCACUCGGCCUCCAUCCACACUCACGCAGCAGCACGGGUCAGGCCACCUAGACCUCGACUUCGUUCUGGUUGACUUCGGACAUGCGGCACCAUACGUUCUCGAUGAUGGCGACUACCUGGAUCAGAACAGAUCUCCAUACGGAGCGGCAGGGAGCAGCGAGUUCAUGGACUUUAACAUAUACAUGGGCAUUGGAAAUAUCCCCAGAGAUGACAUGAUUUCGCUCGCCUACUCCCUAACCCCCAUAAUACACGGCGAACUCUCGCGGUCCAACCAGUGCACUUAUCUCGACAUGAUCAUCUUAAGUUCAAACAGAAGUUCGAUCCGUCGAAGCUGGGUCCCACUCUCCCCAAAGGCCGCAAGCGGGUUACCGAGCAUGCUACCUCGCUCAAUUUGAUGGCCAGCCCGAUUAUGCGAUGUUGAGCGAGCUACUGUUGGCAGUAGAGGAAGUCCCAUGAUCCUUUGGCCAGCUCUAACACAUUACGUCUAUACCUCAUCUAUCAGUGUUGCACGACUAACAUACAAUCUUAUUGCUGGGGAGCGACCCCAGCUCACAAC